UGGAGCAUUAUAUGGCAUUGUCAGAAAAACUCCAGGAAGAAGUGGCCAGUCUCACAGAAUGGCUGGCCACCACCGACGCUGAACUAACACACAGAUGCAAUGUGAAUUUCAUGCCCAGCAAUCUAGAUUCAGAACUGGCAUGGGCUAAGGUCAUACAAAGGGAGACAGAAAACCGGCAGAAGCAGCUUCUUGGUGCGCUGGUCAUCGCUGCCGACCUGAAGGUCCUGCUUUAUGGAAAAAACUGUGCUGUGGAAGACAGGGUCUUUUUGCUGACAUGCAACUGGAAAACUGUGAUGUCCCACUUCAGGGAAUGGCUCCGCUUGCUGCUGUGCUCCCAGGACAAGACAUCUUUGAGGAAAACGACAUUAGCAAUCUCUCCCCAGUGGUACCAGUACCACAGGCAGAAUGGUGACCUUCUGCAGUGGGUGGAUAACAUUGAACGGAGUUAUAUGGAACUGCUGGCCUCCCAGCGGAGUAGAAGGAAUCCAUGAUGGACGUGAACCUCAUGCCACUGAGGGGCCUGUACUCCCCAGGCCUGAAGCACAUCACCC